UCUCGCUAAAACUCGAGAACGGCUGGACCGAUUUGGCUAAUUUUGGUCUUGAAUUCUUUGUGGAAGUCCAGAGAGGGUUUAAAAGCAUUAGCCGUUUUAUGUAGACAAUAGAAAGUCAAAUAGUUGGUACACACGAUACAGUAUACAAAAACAAAUACAUACAACCAAAACAUUUCGAUGAGUUUCGAAGAAUAAUAAAUAAUGAUAUUAAUAUAAUAUGUAUAUAAAAUAUUGUUUUUUCAUUUAUCGUGUCUUGUGUGCUUGAGCCGAAUUGAUAAUAGGAUUUCGACCCGAAGUUAUUAUUGUGUACGUUGAAACAAAAUAAUUAGUUGUCACACGGAUAGACGCGAAGUGUCCCGCCUCAAGAACGCGAUCACAUAUUAAAAUGCUUCAAUUCGUCCUCCUACUUGUGGUCGCAGCUGCGGCAUCCAAGAACUGCUCCUUCUAUUUCGAUGGUCAUCCUUACUCAAGAACAGCCAUAUUAUCCAUUAAAGGCCUACCAACAAAUUUGGUCUACAACCCUGCCAAUCAAGAUCUCCUAUUCACUCUAAUAGACCUGGAAACACUUCAAGACGACAACAUCCAGACAAAAAUGGACCAGUAUAUACUUCGAGAGGGGAAUACGAUCAAAAUCGAUAACGUUAGAGGUCAAGCUUCAGCGGUGGAUAUGAAACGAAACAAAGUGUACAUAGCCAGCGAUGACGGACUAAACGAACUAAACAGUACCGACAAAGCUAAUUUCGUUGGUCUUAAAGAUGACGAUAUCGUCCAGCUAUACAAGCCGCGACACGGAGAUGAAUUGUACGCUGUUUUGUUUCCAGAAAACGCUGUUUACAUAAUCGACAUAGAAAAAAACGAAAAGAGGAAAGUCGAAUACAUUCCCUGCGCUUUCUAUUUGGGCGUAGAUGACAAAGAUAAUAUAUUUUACGAAUGUGAUUCCAAAUAUGUUAAAGUUUUGCUCAAAGGCUUUCAAGAGCCCAUUGAAUUUGUUGGUAUCGCUAAGAAUUCCGGAAAAGCUAUAGCUGUAGAUGGAAUUGGGAGAGUGAUAUUGGCUGCGACCGACGGUUUGUACCAUCUGCGACCAGACAACGUGAUCCCGAACAAACUGAUGGAAUUGGAUUUCUAUCCAUCUGGUAUAGCGUUUAAUGAGGAAGACAAUAGAAUUUAUUUAUCGACGAAUGAUGUAAUUUAUAGAUAUAAUCCAUGUUUUCCUUUUAUUUUGUGAUUGUUAAUGUAUUCUGAUGGUGUUUUAGUAAUAUUACUAUCGAUACUGUCUCGAUCCGUUUUUUUCUCUAUACAAUUUGCUGUGUUAAUAAUGUCCACAAUAAUAAAUCUACAUUAUACGUAUUUCGGGCGUUAUUUGGUUGUAUGUACGUUAUUUAGGCCUAUAAAGUACAUAUGGCGUAAAAAAAUAUUUAAAAGCCCAGGAUAAUGAAUCAUUUCUUAUGAUUUAAAGGCAUUCUGUGCGUUAGCACGACGAAUUUAUAUAUAAAAUUUUCAAAUUU